AUGCCUCUGAAAGAUUUUGAUUUUUUCCCUAAAGUUUUUGAAGAUCAUUCAAGAAAGACAGAUUUCAGUGGCACAGUAACAGUAGUGUGCUUAGCUAUUAUGAGCUAUCUCUUAGUUUUUCAGACUUUGGGAUUUAUUGCAUCACCUCCAAAACAAAAACUCGUCGUCGACCAAGCAAAGCUCCCAGUCAAUGAAGAUAAUGUUCUUGACUGGCCUUUUGUUCCAAAACUCCAAAUUUACAUAGAUAUCGAAUUUCCUUCAUUACCAUGCCCAGUUAUUGAUUUUCAAGUUCUUGACAGAUUCGAAGAAAUCCAAUCCGAUUCAUUUUCUAAAGUCAAACUGAAAAGAAUCGGACCAGAUGGAAAAAUUAUCAAAAAUAAAAAGACAGAGAAACCAGAAGUUUGCGGUUCUUGCUAUGGAGCAGCAUCAGGAUGCUGCAAUACAUGCAAAGAUGUCAAGAACGCCUUCAAAAAGAAAGGAAGAGUUCCACCUUCUUUAUCAACCAUUCGCCAAUGCAGAGAUGCUGUUAUAGACUACAAUCACAUUAGAAAUGAGAGUUGCCAUGUCUAUGGUACCGUUAUUGUUCCUCCAACUCAUGGAACAAUCGUAAUGAACUCAGGCGAUUCAUAUGGUGCACAAAUGAAUACUACAACCUCUUCUUUAGGAAUUUCGAUUGAUGAUUUUAACUUUACACAUAAAAUUAAUGAUAUUUACAUCGGUGAAAAUGAUCUUGGAGAUCAUCCAUUGAAAGGAAUCAAGAAAGUACAAAAAGAAGUCGGCAGAUACAAAGGAUUAUACUUUAUCCGCACAUUGCGCGAACAGAAAGGUUCCCUUCAGGUUUACAGAGCUACAUCAAGCCAUUACGACAGAUAUCGUGAGGGAACAACAGGAAAAUUCCCUGGACUUUACUUUAAUUACGACGUUUCUCCAAUUAUUGUAAUGUACAAACGCGAUACUACUGUUUUGAAUUUUGUAAUCGAACUGAUGGCCAUUCUUGGCGGAAUUUACUCUCUCGGAUCUCUCCUCGACCACCUUUCCCUUAUAACAAUUAAGCGCCAGGCUGCAUCAAUUGAAUAA